AUGAAUCAAAGGACUAUUUUGAAAAACUCUUUAUCCUCGGACUAAAUUAAGAAUCGAAAGUUACAAACCUAGUAUUUUGAGCAUGAAUCAAUUUUUUUGUCUUUCAGCCAGAGUGAAUUUUUUCAUCGACAAUAAUUGUAUGAUGAAUUAUAUAAAUCUAAUCAUUGCAGAAGAGGUCAUCUGAAAUCAGAUAUUACUUAAAUAGAAAUCAAAAGAAGUAGAUUUAAGGAAGUUAUAGAAUCUGCAAAAUAAAAAUUUGCUUCUUCUCCAAAUUAUCUUAAAAAUAAUAUUAUACACAAAUAAUAAAGCUCAAUUUCAGAAAUAGCUUAAUAAUUGAGAAAAGAAAGGAGUGCUAAUCUUGCAUAACUUAAAAAUAGUGAUAAGAACCUCAAAAAAAUAAACUAAUUAAACUUAAACUAUUUUUUGAUUAUAGCUCUAUCCGUAUUAUGUUAUUUGGUUGUACUAUUUGAAAUGAUUAGGCCAGACACACCUAAUUCGAAAUGA